AUUCCUUAAAUCAUGUCAAUAUGCCAUCAGCCAUAAUGUUGAUUUAAAAAAAACCGGAAUUCUAAUUUCUGACUUUCUGAGCCGAAAUAUCUGUUUUUGUUUAACGUUAAUUCAUAAUAUAUUAUUCAUACAAAAUUUAAAUUGUUUAUUUCGGAUAACAGUAAAAAUGUCUGACGUUGUUCUAGUAGAAUCAGAUGAUACAUCAAGUAUAGAUAGUUCAAAUACUGAUCUCACAACACGAAGCCAUGAACCAGCUAGACGUGGUCGAAAAACCAAAUCCAAACCUUCCAAUAAUACCAAAAAUGUUAAGCUUCAGUACAAAUUUUCAUGUGCAUUAAGAGAAGACCAUGGUCAAUCACUAUUUGGUGUUCAAUUUAAUCAUUUAUUAAAUGAAGACCAGCCAUUGAUAUUUGCAUCUGUUGGCAGUAAUAGAGUUUCAGUUUACCAAUGUUUAGAUGAUGGUACUAUUAAUUUAUUGCAAAGUUAUGCAGAUCCCGAUACAAAUGAAACAUUUUAUACUUGUGCAUGGUCUGUAGAUGAAAAUGGCAAGCCGCUUUUGGCUAUUGCCGGAAAUCGAGGCAUCAUACGAAUACUUAGUCCAGUCACUAUGUCAUCUAUUAGACAUUAUAUUGGUCAUGGACAAGCAAUUAAUGAAUUACAAUUUCAUCCAAUUGAUACAAAUAUGUUGCUAUCAGUAUCUAAAGACCAUACUUUACGUUUAUGGAACAUCAAAAGUGAUGUGUGUAUUGUUAUAUUUGGCGGCGCUGAAGGCCAUCGAGAUGAAGUUCUCUCUGCGGAUUUUAAUAUUGAUGGUAAUCGUAUAAUGUCAUGUGGAAUGGAUCAUUCAUUAAAGCUUUGGAGUUUAGACAAAGACUAUAUCCAAGAUGCUAUUAAACAAUCUUAUUCUUUCAAUCCAAAUAGAUCUGCUCGACCUUUUGAUACUAUUAAAGAACAUUUUCCUGUAUUUUCAACACGUGACAUACACAGAAAUUAUGUUGAUUGUGUAAGAUGGAUUGGUGAUUAUGUUAUUUCCAAAUCAUGUGAAAAUUGUAUGGUUUGUUGGAAACCUGGUCAUCUAAAAGAUACCGAACUCAAACCAAAUGAAGCUGCUGUAUCACAGAUAUGGUACUAUGACUUUAAAGAUUGUGAUGUAUGGUUCAUUAGAUUUUCCAUGGAUUUCUCCCAAAAAAUAUUAGCACUAGGCAAUACCAUCGGUAAAAUAUAUGUUUGGGAUUUAAAUUCUAAUGACCAAGCGUCAAUGCGUGUAACAACAUUAGCUCAUCCAAAAUGUAAUACAGUUAUACGUCAAACCACAUUUAGUCGUGAUGGAAAUAUUUUGAUUUGUGUGUGUGACGACGGUACCAUCUGGCGUUGGGAUCGAUUACAAAGUGUUUGAGUAAACAAAAAAACUAUUAUUUUUAUAUCCCUUUUUAUAGUAUUGUAUUUUAUUUUUGGCUUAAAUUUAUUUGUUUAUGACUAUUCUUUGUUCAUAGUACUAAGUACUCUUGAUUAGGUUAAGAUGACUCCUUUCUACGCUGAAACAUAUUUGUGUAAAUAGUAUUAAAAAACAAAAUAAUUAUGUUAUUUUAAAUACUACAAUAAAUGUAAUAUUUGUUUA